AUCCUGCUGAUCUAAAGUAACUCCUCCAUCAAUCUGCAGAGGUUACAUGGCCCCGGAGUACGCCGUGCUUGGCCACUUGUCGGUGAAGCUAGACGUCUACAGCUUUGGUGUCCUGGUCCUGGAGAUCGUGUCAGGGAGGAGAAGCACCGAUUUGUUGGAAUCCAUGGAACACGAAGAAGAAUCCAACACUUUGCUCAGCUACGUGUGGUCGAACUGGAGCAGAGGAACGCUACUGGAGGUCAUGGAUCCGACGCUAGAUGGCGAAGCCCCAGAGAGCGAGACGCUCAGAUGCAUCCACAUCGCGCUUCUCUGCGUCCAGGCGAACCCGGCGAACAGGCCAACGAUGCUGGACGUCCUCGUCAUGCUUCAUGGUGAGGUUUCGGACUUCCCGGCGCCGACAAAGCCUGCAUUUACGUUUUCACAGAGUGAGAUGAUGAUGAGCUCGGGAGGUCUAGAUAGCCAUGGAGAGCUUGUGAUUUCCGUAAAUGAGAUGUCCCGCUCUGAGUUCCAGCCGACGAAGUAAGAUCAAGCAUAUAUUGAUAACCACAACGACCAAAAUUUGUAUUAGGCUGACAUCGGCCACGUUAUAACAUUUAGGGGGGUGAUGCGCGCCGGCCCAGAUUUUCGGCAGGCCGCGCGCGGGCCGCAGGAUCCACCAAC